AUGAUACGCGUUUAUCAGGUUUUGAUAUGUACAGCUUUUAGCUUGAAUCAUAUGGCUAUCUCUAUGAAUACCUAUUCAGAUAGGAUUUUUGCAGCAGAAUCAACACUACAAAACAUUCAGCCAUCCGGACAGCUUUUCAAGGAAGGUGGGAAUACCAACAAUGUGUUCAAGACAAGUACAUCAACAUUACCGGAUCCUAACGCUCACCCAAAUCUCAAGAGGCAGCGAUUCGGUUAUGGAGGCGAAGAAUUUCUAUACCAGCGGGGAGGUUAUCAGUCCUUGGGAUCUCAGUCGCUCGAUGGACAUCCUUCGGAGCCUUGGAAAAAGCUACGUGAUGGAACGAUGAUGGAUGGAGCAUCCUUAUCUCUCGGCCCUGUCAUAGAGAUAGGAUCACCAAUGAGAACAAUGGAGAAUCUGCGUGGAUCGAAAGGUGAACCACGGAUGACGAAGAAACCUCCACCAAGUCACAAAAAUCCACAUCUAUCAAGCUCUCAAAGACCCAUCGACAAUAACCACAGAGAACCUGCUGUAUACGAUACCGCGAAUCACCGAGGUCUGGGGCAAAUAGAGCGUGAUCAAAGCCGAGCAAUUGCCCUUGGAACAAAUCAAGGAGCUACACGUAAUCUAUUUCGAAUGGCCCAUACAAAUGCACCAAUAUCCUCUGAAGAUAUAGCCUCGCAAAGCGCAUCAAACAAUCCAUAUGGGGAUCGAUUGGUACAAGGCAUAUCCAGUAUAUCUUCAAGUAGACAGGAUUUCGAACUAAAGGCAGCAAAGAUCGAUAUCAGAAACUUUCAUUCACACACUCCUGACAAGAUGUGUUCAGCUGCUGCAACUCAUUACACGCGAGAUCUCAUUGACACAUUAUCAAAAAGAUAUCCACGUACAACUGAUGUACACAUGUACCCAAGUUGGGAAGUAGGCAAGCUAAUAUGGACCUCAGAAAGGUUACUUCCAUUUGUGUACUUUGUCGUGUCUUGUAAUCCAAGUCUAAAGAUUUGGAACAAGAUCAAAAUUCUCACAGCGUUGUUUCUUAGAGAUUAUGAUAAAUGGUCUAUUGAGAAAAAAGAAUUAUUGGAUGAAGAAAAGCACGCUCGAUUUCUUUUAUGGCAUACAGAGAUAAUUUAUCAUACUGCAUUACUGGAACCGAUGAUCAAAUCAUCAAGGGCAUCAUUAACAAUUCCUAGACUUUCAACAAUUACAAGAACUUUCUCAUUGAUUAAUGAUGAUGGUGCCUUCAAAAGAUUCAUUUCACCUUCAAACAGUCAAUCUGUGCUACAAAGGCACGUUUCUAUGACUUUUGAAGAUGAUUAUAAAGCAGGAUACCCAAUCACCAAAGGUCAUCAGAACGUAGAUGUUUCAAUUUCAACAAAAUGGAACAAGAAAUCAGAAGAAAUCAUGAACCUAGGGAAAGACAUAGUUUGGCCAAAAACACCGGACGUUCAAUGGGAUACAUCCGAACCAGUUCUUUUCGUGAAUGGGAAUAUUCAGCAUGACACUAUACUCAAGGAAAAUCCGCAACUCUCUGAAUUUGUCAAAUCCUGGGAGAAAGACUUGAAGAACAUGAUACAAACUAUCAAAGCCUCACAACCAACCAAUUUAGCUCUACCCAAUCUUCCACUCAUAAAAAUCUGUAAAGGAAUGGAUCGAUUUGUGAAAGGAAAAAUUGUUAAUGUGGAAUCAGGAUUGGAUGUUGAUGAUAAUCUAAUUGAAUAUCAAAUACAUCCAAGAUGCAACUACGGCCAGAGCGCUAUUGCAAUUACAAAUGCAUCAAACUACAAAAGUCUUUUUACUAUUCUGUCUCCCAAGGACAUACCAUACAGUAAAACUUAA